AUGGGGUGUGCCAAUGGAUGUCAAUCGGAGAAACAAAAAAAUGUUCAGAAUUAUGGACGAACAGACGAAGGACAAUCAAAUCUCGAGGAAACGAACGGACGUGGAUCGAGUGGCGAACCAAUUCGGAAUAUUAUGCGAGAAAACUGUAAAGAUUGGUGCAUUAGUCCGGAUUGUCUCGCACAGAUGAUCGGUUUUGUUAGUUUCGAUAGAUUGUUCGAUUCCAGUGCGAUGAGUGAUUAUAUUGAACAAGACUUGAAUGAUAAGAAUGAAAAAGUUUUUCAUAUGAAGAAUCUGAAAUCCAUUGAGCACAUUCAACAAUUCGUUGUCGAAUUGGAGCCCAUCAAACGAGCAACAUCAGAUAAAUCAAUUAGGGAACGAGGAAUGCGUAUGAGUGAACCGGAAAACAGAGCAGCAUACAUCGAAGGGAAACGUCGUUUGAUAGAACUCAUGAAAGAGUUUCACGGUACCACUGUUGAGGUGCCAUAUGACAAAUUGCAACUUCGUUAUAAGGAGCGAUUUGGAGUCGAACUGAGCAGAAAGGAAUUAACGCGUUUAUUCGGCAAUAAGAAGAUUUUGGAAGUGAUCGCACUUGAGUUUCAUGGUGAAAUCAGUAUUAUACAGGUAUAUCCUCUUACACUGAUGCUAUCCAGUGCUCAUGUGGAAGACAUUGUCGAUGAUAAUCCACCUGUAAACACGAUUGAUAACGCAUCAGGCACAAAAAACUUGACUCUGUUUUCAUCAAAGGAAUCUGUUCAACGCGAUGGACAACAAAUCAUUUCUGAACUUACAAAUAAUGGUUCGAAACUGGGUAAGUAUGGUUCUGAUACGACAUUACAAUCAGCUGUCGAAACUGAAGCCUCGACUCUUACGGCACAAUCGAAUCGUUGUGUUCAACCAUCACUAAGACUCUUUAUUCAUGGUGAUCGAGUACUCUGUCAGUCGACUCAUCCCGUCCGUGUUCAAGUAUACUAUUGUCAUUGCUGUGCUCAUUGUCAGUGUUCUGAUUUUGAUAACUCGAAGAUGUAA